CGCGCGCGAGGAGCGCGGCCACCCGGCAGCGCCGAGAGCCCGCGGAACAACCGCCGCCGCCCCGGCGUUCCUCCCGCAGCCGUGCGGCGACUCCAGGCAGAAGGACCGGGCUACCUGCGCCCGGCGCGGGAGAAAAAUGGCUCAACUUCUUGCACCAGCAACAUCCAUCCAUGAUGAGGAAUCCUUGGAAGGCAGAAUGGUGGUUACAUUCCUCAUGUCAGGACUUGAGUCACUGUGUAAAGAACUUUCCAAGUCCAAGGCAGAAAUUGCCUGUAUUGGUGUAUAUGCAAGAAAUGUUUUUGUUAUUGGAACUGAGAGAGGAAGAGCCUUUGUCAACUCUAGGGAAGAUUUUAAGACAGAUUUUAUCGAAUACUGUGUUUCAGAAGAGGACAGGCCUCCAAAGCUGCAGAAAAAAAAGACUACACCACCUGUAAACAGACAGACAGUGGAUGCUGAGGAGCUGGAGGCUCUUAGAAAGUCUGUGGAGGAGUUUUUCUGCUCUUUAUAUGGUAAAGCUUUAGGAAAGUCAGCGGCAGUAUCUGUGACAUUCGAAGAGAUUCAGAGGAACCAGUCUGUUGUGAUAGUGCAGGGCCUGCCUGAAGGAGUCACAUUUAAACAUCCAUCAAAUUAUGAUGUUUCCACUCUGAAAUGGAUUUUGGAAAAUAAAUCAGGGAUCACAUUUAGUAUCAACAGGCCUUUUCUGGAACUAAGGAAACAUGUAGAAGCCGAUAUGACAGAUCCUUCACAUUCAGUUACACCCCCAUGUGAAAGUUGUCCUCCUGUUACUGUGAAAACGGAACCAAGCAAGGAUUCUGAGACCAACAAGGAUCAUGGAAUUUCUUCCAAAAUGUCAGAAGUAACAAUGAAGCAGGAAAGAGAUGAUCCUAACUACUAUCAAUUUAAUACUCCAGCAGUCCCUUCCGAAACAUCAGGGAUAGAUGAAAAAAUUGCUCCUGGAAAAAGUUACACAGAGUCCACCCAACCUAACUCAUCAGAAACAAGUGAGGAUUCUGAGGAUGAUGUUGAUGAUGGUGAUGAUUAUAAUGAUGGUGACGAGUACCAACCCCCUGAAGGGAGCCAGAGGAGCCCCAGUUUGACUGCUGAAGCCGGCAAUACUAGAGGAAGAAAUGCACAAGAAUUCAAUUUUGAGUCCUCCCACCAUGACAUGUCAGAAACAAGUGAGAAACCUGAGGUUGAGGUCACCCUUGAAGAAGAUGAUGAUGACUACGUACCACCUGACAAGAGACUGAAGAGCUCCAAGUCGGCUACUGAAGCGGCCAAUACUGGUAGAAGAAAUGCAGAAGAGUUCAAUUCUGAUUCCUCCCAGCAUGACUCAUCAGAAGCAAGUGACGAUUCUGAGGCUGAAAUCACUAGUCAAGAUGAUGAUGAUGAUGAUGAGUACCUGCCCUCUAGCAAGAGAAAGAGAAGGAGAACCAAGAACACCCGGUCAACUAAGGAAAUUGCCAAUAACAGAAGAAGAAAUGCAAAAUAUUUGAAAUCUGAUUCCUCCCGGCAUGACAUGUCAGAAAUAAUUGAGAAUCCUGAGGUUGAGGUCACUGUGGAAGCUGAUGAGGAUGACUACAUGCCCUCUGACAAGAGACAGAGGACCACUGAUUCGGCAAAUGACAAUGCUAGUGCUGAGAGAAGAAACGCAGAAGAGUUCAAUUGCGAGACCUCCCGGCAUGACAUGACAGAAACAAGUGAGAAUCCUGAGGCUGAGGUCACUGUCGAAGUUUCAAAAUUCAAGGCGGUUCCUGUUCUGCAUGCAAGUUCCAUGGACAAAAAAACAGGGGGUUUUUUAUUGUUUCUUAAAGAUGAUGAUGAUAACUACCUACCACCUGACAAGCAACUGAAGAGCAACAGUUUGGCAAAUGAAUCUGCAGAUAUUGAGAGCAAAAAAGAAAUGGAAUUCAGUUCUGAGACCUCCUGGCAUGACAUGUCAGAAACAAGUGAGAAUCCUGAGGUUGAGGUCACGCUUGAAGAUACUGACCAUACCUAUGUGUACAGUAACACGAGACGGAGGCGCACCCAGUCGGUUAAUGAAGAGGCCAAUAGUCAGAGGAGAAAAGCAGAUGAGUUCAAUUCUGAGACCUCCCGGCAUGACAUGUCAGAAACAAGUGAGAAUCCUGAGGUUGAGGUCACGCUUGAAGAUACUGACCAGCCAUAUGUACACCGUAGCAAGAGACGGAGGCGCACCCAGUCGGUUAAUGAAGAGGCCAAUAGUCAGAGGAGAAAAGCAGAAGAGUUCAAUUCUGAUUCUUCCCAGCAUGACUCCUCAGAAGCAAGUGAGGUUUCUGAGGCUGAACUCUCUAGUGAAGAUAAUGAUGAUGAUUAUGUACCCCGUGAGAGGAGACAGAGGAGCCCCAGGUCAGCUAGCAGCUCAGGCGACAGUGGGAGAAGCAAAGGAACACAGUUCAAUUUUGACCGAUGGAACUCGCGAAUUACAGACUUGAGAACGGAAGUUGAAGAGCUGUUUGAAAAGAAAUAUGCUGAAGCUGUAAAAGCAAAUGGCCCAGUGUCUAUUCCAUACACAAGCUUCCUGUCACACCCAGAAGAUUUAUAUGUGGAAGGGCUGCCAGAUGGGAUUCCCUUCAGGCGCCCAGCCACGUACGGCAUUCCCCGGCUGGAGAGGAUACUGCUGGCCAAGGAUAGAAUCCAGUUUGUCAUUAAAAAGCCUGAACUUCUGAAUUCGACAGAGGCUCCAGAGGCCAAUACAGUUUCAACAGUCUCAAAUACAGUGAAAGAGGACUGGCAUUCCAGAGUCACCAAACUGAGAAUGGCAGUAGAUCAACUUUUCUGUAGAUUGUAUGCCAAGGCUUUGGGCAGCAAUGAACCCAAAGCUGUUCCAUACAAGAAAUUUGAAGCUCAUCCGACUGACCUCUACGUUGAAGGGCUGCCAGAGAAUGUCUCAUUUAAGAGUCCCUCCUGGUAUGGAAUCCCUUGCCUUGAACAAAUAAUUCAAAUGGGCGACAGAAUAAAAUUUGUGAUCAAAAGGCCAGAGCUACUAAAUCAUUCUUCAAAUGAAGUUACUCCGCCCAGGUCAAACCCUCAAGCGAGAGAAGAUUGGAAUUCCAAGAUCACAAAGCUAAGAAAGCAAGUAGAAGAUAUAUUUAGUAAGAAGUUUGCCAAAGCACUGGGGCUUUCAGUUUCAGAGUCAGUGAAAGUUCCCUAUUCUAUGUUUGAAUCAAACCCUGAGUCCUUGGUCGUUGAAGGCUUGCCAGAAGGAGUCCCCUUCAGGAGUCCCACGUGGUUUGGAAUUCCACGCCUUGAAAGAAUCAUCCGUGGGAGUAGCAAAAUCAAAUUUGUUAUUAAGAAGCCUGAGCUUAUCAUAUCCCAUUUGCCUCUAAGACUGGCUAGUAAACUAAAGAAGAAAGGAAUUAGUCCAGAGAGUCCCCGAAGGUCACGAAGUUCUUCAGAAAAUUCAAGUGUCCCAGAGAUUGAAGUUACUAUUGAAGACAGUCCUCAGAAAGAGCAAAGUCAUUCUGAUGCUAGUGACUCCAAUCCAAAUUUUAAGCAACAAGGAAAAGAGUUUUCUUUUGACUUGUGGAAUGCCAAAAUCACGGACUUAAAGCAGAAAGUUGAAAAUCUUUUCAAUGAAAAAUGUGGGGAGGCACUGGGACGCACAGGGCCAGUGAAGGUGCCAUAUGCACUGUUUGAUUCUUACCCAGAGGAUUUCUACGUGGAAGGGCUUCCUGAGGGGGUGCCCUUCCGCCAGCCUACAACUUUUGGGAUUCCAAGACUAGAGAAGAUCCUGAGAAGUAAACCCAAAAUAAAAUUUAUUAUUAAAAAGCCUGAGAUGCUUGAGGCAGCUAUCAAUGAAAGUUCUGAUAAAAGCCCCCAAGGAAAAGAUAAUUCCCCCAGUAAAGCCAAUGCAGAAAGGACCACAAAAAACUCAGUGAAAACAGCUGCAAGUGUUGAAGACGUAAGCAUUGUUAAAGUAACCAUAAAAGAUGAUGAAAGUGAGCCACUGUCAAGAGCAGAAAGUGCCAGACAAUUGAGAGAGCAAGUAAAUGAGCUUUUUAGCCGGAAAUUUGGUGAAGCCACUGGUAUGAAUUUUCCUGUGAAAGUUCCAUACAGAAAAAUCACUAACUACCCUGGCUGUGUGUUGGUGGAUGGAAUGCCUCCAGGUGUGGCAUUUAAAGCACCCAGUUAUCUGGAACUCAGCUCAAUGAGGAAGAUUUUGGAAUCAGCAGAGUUUAUCAAGUUUACUGUCAUUAGACCGUUUCCAGGACUUGUGAUUAACAAUCAGCUACUAGAAGAAGCUGAAGCAAAAGCAGAAUCACCAGCACCAGCACUAGCAGCAGCAGCCACUACCACAGCAGCACUACCAGGUGAUGCAGAGCGUGACACGUGUCCUUGCAGGAGGGAGCCAACUGAACCAAGCCAAAUAGAAGUAUCUAUAGGAGAUAACACAGAAACAGAAUGCAAGUUUCAAAUAAAGAAAGAUCCAGACCCGACGUCAUAGACCUCAUCAACACUGGUCAGAAGCUUCCCGUUCUGAGAAGAGCCUGCUCAGCCUGUCUAGAGCUGUGUAAUAUAACUGUAUAAGAGAAGUAUCUUCUAUACAAAUCCUUUUGUACUAUUAUAUAGAAAUGUCUACUUUUUCAGCAGUUCUGUGAAUUGACCUAUUAAUGACUGUAGAUUUGGAAUGUCUUCAGUUUACUUUGGAAUAUAUUUUAAGGAUUAAAUUUGAUUCAGCAAUGCUGGGGAAAUGGCAGGGAUUAAAAUCAACAGGGACAUAGCUCAGGCUGUCUGCAUUUUCCAAUAAAGGUGAAUUUCACUGUACCUGAAUGCAUUCUAGCUUUUGUAAUGAAAAAUUCCUGUGAAGAGUUCAGUUUGUUUACUUUGGAGAAAAAAACCCUCUACGUUAAUUUUCAGCUAUUAUUUUAAUGUUUUAUUGGAUAAUAAUAUCUGUAUAUUUGAGCUAAUUUGAGCUAAUUUUACUUAUUAUAUGUAUCACAGUUAAUAUGUUUUUCCUAAAUAAAAGAUAAAAUUAUCCACUUGAUGGUUAGUGUGCAUUAAUGAGAUUGACUGUGAAAUGGUCAAUAUUCCAGUGUGUGGAUUAGGAACCAACUGAAAUAAAACCCCAUCAUAGUUUGUUCUGUUAAUUCAAAGUAGUAAGUACAUGUUGUAUCAGAGUAUCACACAGUUUACAUAUGAUGGGUCUGGUCUUGCAGUCCUACCAUAGUCAAUAAUUGUGUGAGUGCUUUUCUGCUGAAGGCUGUGGGGGAUGCUCUUCUGUUCGUCUAGAACUAGUGAUGGAAACAUGCUACAGCCAGCUCUAAGUCCUAUUUUGUCAAAAACUCAGAAUAUUCUGUGAGUACAACAAUUAAAUUAAGCCCCCUGUGGUCUUGGUUAUGCGCCAAGACAUGUAAAACCCUGUACAUAAUUUUUUUUCAAAUUUCACAAACCAGAGAUGUACAGUUCUGGCUAUAUGAUAAUCUCUAAAAAUGCAGGUUAUUUGCAAAGGUUUCUUGUUUACAGGCAUGAAUGUGAGAUGAUUGCAUUAUGCACAAAUGGUAAGUUAUGUUCUCUGUUGAAGAAAUAAAAGACCUUUCUGAUGUUUUUCAAA